UUUCGACUCCCCUUUGAACGAUUUUGGGGCGGCACAGUUGAGCAGCUGUAGAGCGUUGGCCUCACAGUUCUGAGGACUGGGGUUCAAAUUCCGGCCCUGCCUGUGUGGAGUUUGCAUGUCAUUCCAUGCCUGCGGGUUUUAGCCAGGCACUCCGGUUUCCUUCCAAAUCCCAUAAACAUGCAACGUUAAUUGGACGCUCUAAAUUGUCCCAAGGUGUGAUUUUGAGUACAACUGUUGUCUUCAUAUGCCCUGCGAUUGAAUGGCAACCCACUCGCCAGCAAUGAGCCAACCACCCCGUUCAAACCGGGGCCACAGGGACAAAAACGGGGACCACCGGCAACCCCGUGAAUCACACGAUGGCAACCGCUCCUCAGCUGACAGGACAUCUUCCCGGCCACCGUUCUAUAACAGAGAUCCAGACCAUCAUCACAAAUAUCCACGGGAUGUACCGCAUGUUGAACAUAAUGACUCCAAAUGCACACACAUGUGCUCCAGGAGAGGUAUUGUUCUGAUCUGUUCUGUGCUGACCAAUGGCCUAGUCCUGAUCUGUGUGGUCGUCGCUCGGAUGGUCACAUCAGGUUUAUCUUCCAUGGGCGGGCUUGGUGGCUUUGACAUCAACUCCAACUUUAAUGUGCAGGGCAUAGAGCUGCAGAAGGUGCACGAACUGGACAUGCAGUACAGCCAAAUGAGAGCGCCGGGCAUCUAUGGGGGCAUUGCGUUCAGCCUGACAAUGGGCGUGGUCUCGCUGCUGUUUGUGGUUGCAGGCAACAAGCCCCCCCACCAUUUGUCUUGUAGGCUUCUAUAUGGGGCACUGGUCUUUCAGGGAGUGGGAGCUGUGGCUUAUGUGGUGGCCGUUGGUCUCUACCUUCACUUUGUUAUUGGUGUCAACGCCACAGAUGUUUGUGAGCAGCGUGAGCGGCUCUAUGCGCAAAACAGGUACACCUGGAUGAACUGUGAUGUCAGUGGGGCCGAUGCAGCCGUGGCUUUAUUUGGACUCGUCACGGCCAUCCUAUACACCACCGGGACAUUGCUCACCAUCCAAACCAUCCGUAGGGUGAAUCAGUACUUACAAGACCGUAGACGGCGUGAGGUGGAGAGAGAGCAGCCGACAUCCAAUCCACAGAGAGCCCCGCUGAGGGCUGAAACCACCUGUGUGUGACUGACACCUUUGGGCUUUUGCAAUUGCUGCCGUUCACUUUGUAGUUAUUGAGCUACAACAGUUUAAUGGUUUUAUCAUUUAUGUUGUGGAACCAAAGUCACUUUGUGAUUUACAACCUGCAUUUGUCUUUCAUAAGCAUAUUAAAUUUAGUAUUCUGUAUAGUAUUCUUUAGCAUUCUGUAUUUUAAAGAUUUUUUUCAAACCAUAUUUUGUUACUGUGCUAUUAAUUCCCACUUCAUUAAAAAAUGCAAUCUGAGAAUGAAUCCAAUUUGAAUUUAGUCAACAUACUUUUAAAUUACAAAUAAAAUGUGAUUGAUGUGAAAUACCCAUUUCUAGUGCAAAUGUAACUUGUAAAAGUUUGUCUGGAGUCAAAUUUAUUUUUAUGUUGGCUUGAGUAUGAAUUCAUGUGGAGGUUUUUGUUAUAGUUAGUAGAAGGAAGAGACAACAGAAGUUGUGGUCACCAUGUCUUUCAUAGGUUCCCUGUCAUACAAUUGGUCACACAUUCAUAUAAGACACAUUGUACAGCCAACCCACGAGAAAUUCAGCAGUGAAGUUCAAGUUCUAAAUGGAACCGUUUCACAAAAACUCAUUCUUUGUUGAACAACCCAUCUAUUGAAGACAGAAAAUGUCUGUUUUGCAAGAUUUGUCUGUGAUUCGUUGCAGUUUCCAAAGUAUUCAUCACAGUAAAAUGCUCUUGCAAUUUCUCUUUGUCAUCCUUAGGCAACAUUUAUUGUGCUGUAUGUUUCAGUAUAGUACUUUGUUUGCAUUCUGAUCAUUAGCAUAACUUCAGUAGUAAAAUUCACUACUUUGAAAGUACAAAAUAAAGUAGUGUGACACGA